AUGGCGAAAGAGGAACGUUCAAUCAAGACAAAAGUUAAAAAGACAUAUUCUGAAAUGAAAGAAAUUAACGAGAUUCAAUCUCACUAUAAUAAUACAAGAGGGUUACUUAUUAGUCAUAACCUUAAAAGAGAACGUGGAAGUAAAAAAGAAGUUAAUGACUUAUUAGACAGAUUUUUAGUAGAAGAUGAAAACAAAAAUUUUGAAGAUAAUACAAUUAGACAUGAAGAAAAAGAUGAUGUUGACCAACAACUAGCAAAAGAAUUAGAGGCAUUAAAGAAAAAGAAUUUUAUUUAUGAAACAGGUGUUGAAUGUAUGUUGUAUUGUGAAGUACCUUAUGAUGCGAUUCAAGUUGUUUCACAAUUAUUUGAUGGAGCAAAGAAAGAAAGGAUAGUAAUGAAAGAAACACAAAAAAUUGUACCUUUACAGAAAGUUGAUAUGGCAUCUUCUAUGGAAAAACUUCUCAAAUCAGUAAAAGAAUUAUUAAAUGAGGUUCAUAGAGAAAAUUAUAACACUUUUGCUAUUUCAUAUAAUUGUCGUCAUAAUUCAAAUUAUAGUAGAGAUAUAGUUAUUAAAAAUGUAGCUGAUUUGAUGCCAAAAGAAUGGAAAGUAAAUUUAAAAGACCCAGACGUUACUGUUAUGAUAGAAAUAUUUUAUAGAGGAUUUGGAGUAUCUUUUGUAGAAAGAGAGGUUAUGAAGAAAUAUAAUCAUUUCAAUAUUCAACGAUAUAUACAAUCUGAAUAA